UGUGCGCGUAGCGUCGUUCUGGCAAAUCUAUAUAUAAUAUGUAUUUCCCAACAAAAAUGGCUCCCGACCCUAGCGGAGGGUCGCCUUCAGACAUGACGGAUCAUGUUGAUAAUCGCGGCAAAGCUCUUUUGACACCUAUCCCAUCUAACAGCCAGGCCUUUCUUCAUACUUUCGCUAAGAACUACUCCGACAAAAACGGGAAUGAUGUCACCAGGGAUGUCAGAAAGGGUCGCAGGACCUUCGUUUUCUGGAUCCUGGUCUUCCUAUUACUGGUGACGGCUGUUGGCAACCUCGUUCUCACCUUCAGCAUCCUUGGAGUUUUACGUCUUGGAAGCGGUCUGGAGAGCAUGGAGUUCCUCCCGCUUCAUGACGCUGUGAAGUUCCUUGGGGACACGAAUCUUGAUAACAUCUACAAGAAGGACGGCCUGAUUGAGAGCUUCCGGGACACGCCCUUGAGCAUCACCAGCGAGAACGGAUCAGUUCUGAUAACACUUCAGACGAGGGCUCCUAGAUCUGAGACCAAGCUCAUAGUCAACACCACGGGCGUGUUCAUCAAGGGCGUCACCACUUUCAACAUCAACGAUCCCGACUCUGGCGUCCAACUCUUCAGUUCUGGGAAUCCAGAAGUAACUGUUAACGAAAAUCUUAACAGUUUAAACGCAAGACAAGUAUCAACCAAGAGGAUUUCGUCGCCGGUAGACGAGGACCUGGUGUUCAGGUCGGACGCCUCCGCCUACCUGCGAGGGGCCGAGGGGACGCACAUGGAAUCCAAGGAGUUAUAUUGGAGUGCUGACCAGGACAUACAUCUUAGGUCCGCCAACGGUUCUGUGAUACUCAGCGGCAAGGAGGGAGUUUUCGUCGACGUGCGUUACCUCCCUAUAGCCUUGCCGUCAAAAGAACACCACGGCACUGGUCAGUUUAAAGUAUGCGUUUGUAUGCCUCAAGGCAAGCUGUUCAGGAUCGCUGUCCCCGACGGUCAGAGAGUCACAUGCUCGCACAUCAACACCGCCGGCGACUUAAAUCCUUGCGGGUAGAUAUUAGGUUAUAUUCCAGUUUUCGUGUAGCAGAAAUAUAAUCAUAGUUUUAAAUUUUAAUCGAUUGUAAUGUUUGGUUAGGUAUUCGGCACUAUUUAAGGCAACAACAAAAUUAACAUCCAGAUUAAUCGAAUCAAGUAACAUCAAUCAAACGCAGAUGGUGAAUGUAAUCUUGUAAUCGUAGGAUAAGUGGUAGUGUCCGCUGGGAAACUGACGUUUGCAGAAUGAGUUCGCCAUUGGAACCAUAAAUGAGACCUAAGUUGGUGGUCCAACGAGAUCCUCCCUUACCAACGUUGGACCAUUACAGUGCUUCCUUUAGCCAAAAACUUGGCGUUAAUCUGACGGGUCUGGGAUUAGGACUUCGCCCUUCACCGAUGAAAAAUCGGUGGUCAUUAGUUAUACUGGUCUAAGUUUUAACUACCCGGAACUUACGAAUGAACUGUUUGUACGUUUUGGGCAUCCCAGUUAAAAUUGUGACCAUUCCUAGAAAUUUUUCUGAACCGGCGCAGUCAUUUUCACUCAUACGCUGAAUCUGACGCGAGCGGGUUCUGUGUCUAUUUUAUUUUACGAAAAAAAAAACGGCAAUUGCGGUGCGAAAACGGCGAGUUUGUUUCCCAGAAUGACAACUCGUUCUGUAACUCGCUGUAAGUAGUUCCCGCUAAAGCUGUUGUCUCGAACGUCGAGGAGACGGUUGAAAAUAUUUUAAGGCAGUAUUUUCCCCCUUUCCGACACGCUCGGACCCCUGUUUCAGCUAUCUCACGUGUUGCAAACGAGAAUUCUACGAUCUUCCUUUUGUUGGCCUUCACCCUUUUACUUUGGGUUCAGUCUUAUUCCAUUCCCCGAAAGAUUUACACUUAAAGUCCUGUAUCAGCGGGAUUUAGGGGAAAAUUGUGAGAUCAUUCUGCCAGCGAGGGUCAACAGCGGCUUAGUUUGAAUUCUAGAUAUUAAAGCAUAUAUAACCAUAGAUAUAGUUGUUUAUUCUCUAAUUGUAAGGGAAUGUACUGUUGAGACACCAUCUUAUCGAGGCGAUGCAACUACGAUACAUCGUACCCCAAUACUUGACCGCAACAUCCAGCUAAGGUUGUUGGACGUCCAGGAAAUUCACGCAAUUGCGAUUAACAUCAUACAAAUGGGCUCAAAUCAACCUGCUGAUGUCCAACACCCUUAACGCUAACAAAGAUGGUAUCGAUGUUGCCGCCCAUAAAAAGUUUCUUAUAAAAGCUCUUUUGAAUAAACAACGGUCAGUAGAUCUGUAAUAAAUUUUUAUUUACGCCUCUCCAACACACGGUUUGGGCACCUUUUAAGAAUAUUGGUAUCUAAGAUUUGCGAGUGUACACGUCUCAAUGGAACUAAGUAGAUAAUAAACACGUAGUAACUGAAAA